AUGUCGGAGGUCGCGGCAGAUGCGUGGAAGAAGUAUCUCCAGCAAUUGCAGCUUCACCCUCUUAGGACGAAGGUGGUCGCCCUGCUUCUCCCUCCCCUCUUCUCCUGGCUUUGUGCUUCUGGUCGUGUGGCUGACGCUUUGGAUUGGUCGCCUCGCUUGAUUCGUGGUGUGUUUUGCGCUUGUCAGGCUAUAACGGCCGGGGUCCUGGCCGGCUGCAGCGACGCUAUUGCUCAGAAGAUCUCUGGGAUCAAGAAGCUCCAGUUGAGAAGGUUGCUGCUAAUCAUGGUAAUUUCUCCUCUUCUUCUUCUUCUUCUUCAACAAUUUCUCUAAAUUCGAGAUGGAUCGGUGUUCGGGAUUUUUCUGCGUCCUCCUCGCGUUAUCUCUUCCAAGAUGGCGGGAAAUAGGUUUUAUGUUCCCGAGCAUAUUUCUGUUCAAGGUUUAGAAAGUGGUUGACGAUCAUCUUCGAGUACGAUUGUCGAGGAAUCCGGCUUCGCGCUUCAUCGACCAUCUCCGGGUCAACACUCCUAUUUUUGUUUUGUUUUGUUUUGUUUUUUUAACCUCGAUAGAUAUCUCAAAUUCUUAAAUGAGAACAGAAAGUCGUCACUUAAAUUGAUGCACGGUUUGGCGCUCGGUCUUGCGGAAGUCUUUCUGGUCAAUUGCCAAAGAUGGACCAAGUAUCCUACCUGUAUUACCUGCCAAUAGGCGUUGGACUGUAAUAACUUCUUAUUUCUGUGAUCGAUUCCGAUGGGUCAGCCCAAGCAUUUAGUCAUACCUGUGGCGAAAGAGCACAAUCGAUCCAGUUGCACAGGUGGUUGACUCCCGUCUUUAAUCUGGUCUUCUUGGCAGUUCUAUGGCUUCGCUUAUGGGGGCCCUUUUGGGCAUUUUCUGCACAAGCUGAUGGACAUCAUUUUCAAGGGCAAAAAGGACAGCAAGACCAUCGCCAAGAAGGUGAGUACCAUUGAAAAAUACUCCCUAACCAUGAAUCAAAGAAAUGUGUACGCAGACAGAGAGCAUUAUUACUGAGUUUCAUCGACAUUUUUUCAACCAUGUUCCGACAUAACUGUGCUGACACAGUAUAUUCGCCCAGGUGUUGUUGGAGCAGCUGACUUCUUCACCUUGGAACAACAUGUUCUUCAUGAUGUACUAUGGCCUGGUUGUUGAAGGUAUGUAUUUUUAUGGUGCAGCCCAUGGAACUGUGAACAGAAAGAAGCACCUCCUUUUGAGCGCCAAAAGAUGCGCCGAUCUCUCACAUAAUUAACAUCAGAUACCUACCCCUAUCUUGCAAAGUUAAUCCGUUAUUUUUCUCCUAAUGUGGGACACUCGGAAAGGACAUGUGGGAUCCGCUGCGUUUAAUCUUCAAUAGCAUUUUCGUUUUAUCUUUAACUCAGUGUGAGUCUAUGAAUAAUAGUAGUUUUAUUCAUUGGCGUAUCGUUUAUGUCUCUUCAGUUUUACAAGCUAAUUGCCUAAAGUGCCCCCCUGAAGGUGGUAGAAAUAACAUUUAGGAAGAGAAGAUGGUUGUGUGGUUCAGAAAGAAUCAUUCACUCGAAUGUAUAAACUACGUUAGGGGGUUCCUAAUGUCUUCAGUGACGCCAUCUUGCUGAUUUUCUUGCUUUUUGCCCCCCCUGAAGCCUCCUUCUCUGUAAUUACUGUGUUUUGAGUAUCAGCUCAAGAUGGUAGGAAGUCAAACCCCUAUCUGUUGUUUUCUUUUUAAAUGCGGCUCUCGUUAAUAUUUCCAUUAUUUUUUUUGUCUUGGGUCAAUGGCUGGGGCUGACAAUGAAUAUGGUGCAAAAUCUAAGAUUUUCCCCUGUAAUGUGUUUCUGUCUAUGAUAAAUUUUUUUUCUAAAUAGAGGGAAUAUAACAAGCAGAAAAAUACAUUAUCCUGGAUAUUUUGCCUUAAAGAAGGGUGCAUGUACCUACUAACUAGUUGACAAGAACCUUGGCCUGCUUUGAGAAAUAUUUAUUUUUUCUACUAUUUGAUUCCGUAUAAAAAAGCUGAUAUAUUCAUCCGGGACUUUAAAAAGAUUCUGAAUCCACUGCCGUGCGUGAAUGGCAGGAAGACCGUGGGGUUUAGUCAGGAGCAAGGUCAGAAAAGACUAUCCAUCGAUUCAGCUGACCGCAUGGAAGGUAUAGACCCAUUAUUUUCUCAUCUUGGUCCCACAGUUGAAGAAGCUUAUAAAAACCUCUCUGGUGAUGAUCUUCCCUGACUUUACAGUUCUGGCCCAUAGUUGGCUGGGUCAACUACCAGUACAUGCCCCUGCAGUUCCGCGUGGUCUUCCACAGCUUCGUCGCGUCGUGCUGGUCUGUUUCUCCCCCACCCACCCCGACCUUCACUCUUCUUAGCUCCAUUUUAUUUAUUUAUUUAUUUAUAGUAAUUAAUCAUUCACAAUUCAUUCAUCUUAGUCAAUAAUCUCGGCAUCGUGCCAAUAAUUCGUGUGUUUAAAGACGAUAAUCGAGAGCAAUUCAGCAUAAAUAGGGCUAAAACGUUACAGAAGGAUGAACCCAACCGUGCAUUCACCCACCAGUUCAUGGCUAACUCAGCCGCUGCUUGAUCGAAUGUUCAGGGCCAUCUUCCUCAAUCUCAAAGCGCGUUCGACUGCGAUCAAGCGGGCGUGA